AAAAUAUCUACUUGACAGCACGCGCAUGCGCUGUGCGCAAACAGCCAAUGUAGCUGCAGAAUGGAUACACCGGCUUUUUAUUGUGCUUUUACAGACAGUUUCCGGGUUCGUUCACCUUGACAAAUUUAUUUUAUGUGUAGAUAUUGUGAUCAAAAAGUUUUUUCGCAGCUCGACUUUUAUUAGUGUGUUUAUAUCACGCAGCACGAGACGCUAAUGCUAAGUUGCUAGCUGGAAACAGAAUACUUGCUGCUAGAUGGGAGCUUUUCUGCUUCUUUAAAAGGAAGUUUUUCUCGUGUGAAUAAAAGUGGAACAUGCCAACCAGCCGUGACCGUCAGUAAGGACCCGCUUUAUCCUCCCCCAACCCAGGCUCGAAAUGGGAAAAGGUUGUAAAGUGGUGGUGUGUGGCCAGGCAGCGGUUGGGAAAACAGCCAUUCUGGAGCAGCUGCUGUAUGGAAACCACUCUGUGGGCUCUGAGUCCAGUGAGACGCAGGAGGACGUGUACGUGGCCUCAGUGGAGACCGAUCGAGGUGUGAAGGAGCAGCUGAGGCUUUACGACACCAAAGGACUUCAAGAUACUCAAGACCUCCCGAAGCACUACUACUCUGUGGCCGAUGGCUUCGUGCUGGUUUACAGUGUCGACAGCCUGGAGUCCUUCAAAAAAAUUGACUUCCUGAAGAAGGAAAUUGACAAGUCCAGAGACAAGAAAGAGGUGACCGUCAUCGUCCUGGGGAACAAAAGCGACCUGAGUGAGCUCCGCCAGGUGGAGCAGGAGGCGGCGCAGCAGUGGGCGCGGGGGGAGAAGGUGAAGCUGUGGGAGGUGAGCGUGACGGAGCGCGGCUCGCUCAUUGAGCCCUUCAUCCAGCUAACCAGCCGGCUGACGCAGCCGCAGAGCAAGUCGGCCUUUCCUCUGCCUGGACGCAAAAGCAAAGGCACAGCCUCUAAUGACAUCUGAGAGGCCCCGCCCACCCGGACCCCCAACUCAAGCAGUUUACACUCCUCUGCAGUGUUAACCAUCUUGCAUACAGACUUGAUUCUUUGAUUCUUAAACAUGGCAGCAUGUGGUUGGUCAGCUGGAGCAGCUUCCUGUCCCACUCAGGUUGCUGUAAUAGAAAUCAUAGUGCAAUAUGUGAACUGAUAUUAGUGAGUAGAUUUCUGAUUAAUAUUUAUGUCUGCAGCUAAUUAAUUUCCUCCUGCUGUUGAUGGCGUGAGGCUGAGGUUGAGACUGAUCCAGUUUGAGCUUUGAGCAUCCAAAUCCCUAAAAGGGACUCUGCUGCCCCCUGCUGGAUGAUCCAGAGUUGCUGCUAUCAGUAGAGCUGGUAACCGUGGAGAUGGCUGGAGUCAGAGGCCUGACCCGGGUUUAGGCGUGUGAGCGGCUGCUUGCAUGGCGGCGUGUUUGAAAGGUUUUGAUCAGAAUAUUGAUGAACCAGGCGACACACAACUGGAGGCCAAUCCCAAUCCAGCCUGGGCUGGUGUGAUGACACUUCAAUGACUUAAGGAGGGACAGGUACGACAGAGUAUUAGUACCAGAGUAAAAAAUUGUAAUUUUUUAAAAUUACAAAAAUAAAGUCAUUUUAUGAUGGAUUAUUGCCAGAAGAAAGUGGUAAAAUAACUGGAAAAGGUUGUUUUUAUAAGAGAAAGCUUUGAUAAGAUUAUCAAGACCUCAUGCUAGCAACUCGUCUAGUCUGAGGAUUUUCUUCAAAAUAGUCAGUUUGCACAAGUCCUGCUCCUGAUGAUAUUUGGAUACUGAUGUGUUAAAAGAUGAAGGAUGUCCCAUUUGGAAAACGGAGAUCAAAGUAUAACUUCACAAGAUGCUUAGCAUUCUUUAAUUCAUUUUUUGUGUUAGUGUUCUCAUAAAAUCACAACCGUCUCCGAAUAUUACAACUUUAUUCUCGUAUUAGAUUUUUUUCCAUAUCUUUGACUUUAUUCUCAUGACUUUGUCGCACUUUAUUCUUGCAUUAUUUAGACUUCGUUGAUGUACAACUUUAUUCUUGUAAACGUAUUUAUUUUUUCUUAGCCUGGCUCUAAUCCUCUAUGACAGGUUCUGCUAUUUGCAAAACUUGUGUGUUUCUUUUUAGCUAGCUGCUGUUAGCUAACUAGUCAGCAACCUGCUGCCUCAUGUGGGGUGAGCCGGUCCUGCUCUGCUCUGUUAUUCUCUUAAAUAAAGGAAAUAAUGAAGAAAAACUGGUUCAGGGACAGAUGGAGGGCAGAUUUUAGAGGUUUUAUACCUUUGAUACGGGGAACCAGACCCUACAAGAGCCCUGUUAUCAGAGACAUGUUUCAUGGGAAGGCAAGGAGUUUAAUAGACUCAUCAGUGGAAGAAAGAAUCUGAUUUAGAUUGAGUAGAUGAGCUGCAGAAAGUUCAGCAUUGAUAACUAAAGCGGCAUUCCUCCUGGUCCUCUGGUAGGACUCAGCUCAGUCCGGUUCAUGUCCACCAAUCACAGCCUUGCAGCAAUAACCUUCCUGCUACUCCCUUUACUCUAUGAAUGGUUGCUGUGUGUGUGUGUUUUGACCAGGCUUCUUACUUCUGUUAGACUUCAAUGUAGAAAUAAUCAUUGUUUAGAUGAAAUAUUUAUUUUUUAACUAAUUUAUAUUUGUCACUUUAAUGAGCCACACUCCCUGAUGUGAGGAUGGCGUCGGGGUGAAUGAGCCGUGUUAGCGUGUUAGCAUUGAACGUGCUGCUAGAGCACAGAGUAAGCUAAUGAUGCUGUCUGUACCGGAUCACAAUAAAGAGACGAUCGUACCGGA